UCAUCGUCAGAAUGAGCUUCGCUGAGGAAGUGAAUCGAGAGGAAUGGAUGGAGAAAAUUGGCAAAUUGAGAUUUCAAAGAGCUGAAAUGAACCGGCUUAUAAUGGAUUAUUUAGUCACUGAGGGCUAUAAAGAAGCCGCGGAAAAGUUUAGAAUCGAGUCCGGGACGCAACCUACUGCUCCCUUGGAUAGCUUAGACGAUAGAAUAAAGAUCCGUGAGGCAGUGCAAAAAGGCGACCUAGAGCAAGCGGUGUCUAUGACGAACAAACUAAACCCUGAUAUCCUUGACUCAAACCAGCAACUCUACUUUCAUCUUCAACAACAACGCCUGAUCGAACUGAUCCGAGAGAAAGACAUCGAGGCUGCGGUGGAGUUUGCCCAGGGUCAGUUCUCAGAACAAGGACAAGAAUCGGGUCGUUAUUUAGAGGAGCUAGAACAAACAAUGGCCCUUCUAGCCUUUGACAACCCUGAGGAGUCCCCAUUUGGUGAUCUGCUACACACCUCACAAAGACAGAAAGUUGCUAGUGAGCUAAACGCCGCAAUACUUGAAGCAGAGCAUAAGAAGACACAGCCAAAGCUUGCAAAUGUUCUAAAGUUACUGCUUUGGGCACAAGAUGAGCUGGAGGGUAAGAAAGUCAAGUUUCCUAAAAUGACUGAGAUUGCCAGCGGAACUUUUGAAGAGUCAAGAUGAUUGAAUGGAUGUUGAUACUUAAAUAUGGAAAUAAAAGAAAUUGAAAAACAUUACAUUACCAUAUAAAAUAUACCAGAAAAAAAAGGUAAAAAAAUACAAUAUGUCAGAUACAGACCUUUUCUGAGUAUUUCAAGAUUCUCAACAGAAACUAGCAAAGUUUGAUCUUACAGCAAUGUAAUGAGAAUUUAAAAGGAAUCCCCAUUAUAGGGUGAUACUUGCUACAGUGACCACUUAAACAAUGUUUUAAGGAAGUUCCCCAAUUACUGUAGCACCCAAGGGUAACAGUGUUGAUUGACACAGACUUUAUAAGUAGGAGGUACACUGAGGCAUCUCUUUGCCACGCUGGUUGGUUAGCGGUGUUUAUGCAAUGGCAUGUUUCUCGCAUCCUUUUUGUCUACUCUUCAAAACUUUCAGGGUGGCCUAGGAAGUGUGUUGCACUGUAAUUACAGAAUCCCAAAAUGUGUGACCAGCUAUAGAAAAAAAUGAACCUUUUUGCAAGCUUUAAGUAUGGAAUGCUAUUCUUGAUUGAAUAUCCUAAUCAAUCCAAAUGCAGUGCAAGAACCUAGUUGUAAAAUAGUUUUACAUCACAAUGACUAGUUCUUAAUGUGCAUCCUUCUCAAAACCUGUUGGCCGCUGGCUCAACUAGUCACUUUCUCUGGAUGUUUGACUGUCUCCAUCCAGACAGAAAUUAUUUUAUCUUUGUUUUGUUACUGACAAGGAAAAGAAACCUUUAGCACCCAAACUGCCUCCAGACUCAUGACCUGCUCCUCAAAAUAUUUUUGAGAAGGUUGAAAAGGUUCUUAACUUUUAUUCUAGAAAUAAUUCUGUCAGUUAAUGAUUUUUGAAGGGUCAGUAAUUUCAGAUUCGCUCUUCAUCAAUGUAAUAAGUGUAUCUGGGAGCAUGCAGUACUGAGAACUCAAACCAGGAUUUGCAGAAGGGGCUUUUCCUGCCUUCACAGCUAGCUACACAUCUGUGAUUCUUAAGAAUUUUGUGGAGGUAUCACAUCAUCAAAAGAGAUGUAAAAAAUGUUACUAUUUGCUUAAAAUAGGUAAAAUUGCAUCCAAUUGUA